AUGGCUCCUCGGCCGCAGCGUCUCGUGAGGCGCCAGCCGCUCAUGGAGAGGCUUCGCGCCAUGCUCAAUCCCAUGGAUUUCUAUCUCUGGCUGUCUGAGGAAAUACAAACCUUUAACUGGGAUUCCAAAACAUUCGGCACCCGGUUCGGGCUUGUAGCCAAUUUCAUCUUUCUAGUCGCCAGGGCGAACGCCGGUACGACACGCGAGGCCGUUGAUGACGUGUUCGGCGACGCGCCCGCUAACGGCUGGUUCACCCUCAUGAGGAAUGUCGAACAAGCAGGGCCGGGCACGCCUUCAGCGCAACGCGUCCGCGUCGAUUCGUCGCCUGCCUCGUCGACCCCAUUGCGGCUCCUCCAGGGGGUCUUAAGUCCCGAAACUGCCGAGGAACGAGCGCAUCCGGACAAGACUCGCGACGUGUGGGAGUUGAAGGUGUGGGAUCCGUACCCGGCGACGCUGCGAAUGUUCUGCCUCUUCAGCCCGGGACACGUCCUCAUCCACAUGCUCUUCCUCCCGCUACCGAUGCUCGAUCCACGGCCUAGCGUUACGGUCUUCAAAUGCUUCUUUUUGCAGGUCAUCCUCUCGGCGCAACUGCUGCUCAUGCACUCCCGCUUCUCCCAACAGAGCACGGACACGGCCGUCAUCCAGAAGGAGGUGAUGCACGAAUACGACGUCAAAUACGUUCACCCGCGGCUCCACCCCACGGUCCGCGAAGCCUCGACGCAGGUGUCGAUCAACGACGGGAAGAUUGAAGAGGAGGAAAUCACCAUCGGCACCCCCACAACCAUGAUUCAGCGAUCGUUCCGGACGCACCCAAACCCGAACUACAGCAGAUACGUCGACCCUGAUGCUGGGAAAGCUCCCUCCGCGAGGGCCGCCAUGUCCCCGCAGCUGAAGCCCAUGAUGCCAGCCAACCCAUUCACGCCCUCGGCCAAACCCAGGGCCUCCGUGCCCCCGUCCUUUGCCGCUCAGGUACAGCAGCAACGACACUCGGCCGUGCGGAGGAGCCUCCCGCCCACCACUUUCACCGGCACAGAAAGCGCGCCACCCUCCACCCCAUCCGCCGCCUCCAAAACCACCACCACCACCUCGACGGGCACCAGCACCGGCAUCGGCACCGACACCGGCGCAAACUACAAUUUGCCGCCCAACUCGGGCUACGGCGGCAGCCUCGGCGUGUACACGCACAUGAACUCGCCCCUCAAAAAGGCCACCAGCCUCAGCGACAUCGGCGCCGGCGCGGGCUUCAACUCGCCGCGCAACAACCGCGAGAUGGCCGCGCUCGAGCAGCGCGACCUGGCCGACCGCAUGAUCCGCCAGAGCAGCCCGUUCAAGGAGCACAGGCGCCCGGCGGGGGAGCAGGCGCAAGGGUUGGGGCAAGGGCAAAAGUUGGAUUUUGGUGGCCAGGUUAGCAGUAGUGGGAGUAGCUUGGCGCAUUCGCCUGAGAAAUUGGCGAGGGCGAGGGCGGGAAGGUGGACGCAGGAGAGGUUCCCUUCGAGGAGGCUUUGA